UGUUUAUUUCCGAACGCACCGAUGCCUGACACAUAAACAGAUAGCAAAUGUAAUUAAUUUCAGCUUUCAUAACAUUAAUUAAAUGUUGUCGCGUUGAGUUUGGUAGAUGUUUUUUUAUUUUGCCACAAUUGUACACUAUGUUAUGUGUUUCAUCGAGGCUUUGGGAGUGAAACAAGUUAGACAUUUUUGUAUUAACUACAUUGAUUUUUUAAAAUAAAAUAUUUUGUAAAACUCAGUGUGUGGCUUCUGAGGAAUAUCACUGUGAACAGUGAUAUUCCUCAGAAGCCUACGCAAGCUUGACCUAAGUAGAUAUUGUAGAUAAUGUUAUGAAAAAAAAUCAGGAUCAAAAAUCAAACAGAGACGCAAGAAUGCGAAAAUAUUUACUUUAUUCUUAUAAAAACACGGCACAAAAGGGACUUAAGAAAGUAAUUUGUUACACAAUCGAUGUCGUUAUAAUACGCUUACAUGUAUCAGGAUCAGAUGAUGUUAUAAGUUAAUAUAAAACAAACAAAAUGCGCAGUACAUCGCGCGGCGAGAGUUUCCUAGCCACCCCCGGUACCGAGCCGGUGGCGGGAAAGCGUGGAAAACGCGCGCAUGGGGUGGCGGGCCGGGCUCAUUCCGUGGUGAGGCGCCGCUCAAUCGAUACACCGCUUUUGUACGACAAAAUCAACAAUUUUACCUUUAAAAUAUCAUACAAUUUUCCAAACAUUUCCUUAUGAUUUUAUUUAGAAGUAUUAUUUGUGGUGCAAGUGAAUUUGUUGAGUAUUUGCGAUGUGUUACGAACCAUAAACAAGUGCGUCGCAAAACCGCUUCAGUCUAGAGAAUAACUUCACGAAAUUGGUAGGCGUCGCAAACAACGGACUGUUUCAAAGUGUGGACCUUAUGUUAGUGAAAUUAUAUCGAAUGUGAGGUUAGGAGUUUUUCGCGGGAAGAUUUCAAGAUGGCGACCGCGACACAACCGUCGUGCAUGAGCACGGAACAUGGGUGCGUCAUGUUCGACUGCCUCGUGCAUCUUUGGGAAUGGAGGCACUUCCGUGGUUCCCAGCUGAGGCAAGGUAUGGGUAGUAGUGGUAUCUUCCCCGCUCUCCUGCCCUGCCCCGCGCCCCGCGCCUGCAGGAAAGGAGCACGCGGCUCCAAGGACGACGACGUGCGCGCCGGUUGUUCACCUCGCGGCUCGCGGCAAGAAUGCGCGGGAACGGCGCGGGAGCAGAUCGCUUGCGGUGCGGGACCGGCUCGGCCAAUCCACAGCCUUAGCAUUCCACUGCGGCUUGAUCCACCUGCGGCUCAGUCACAAUACCAAAUGGAGAACAAAAAGAUCCCGCCGGCGACGCAGCAGCCGCUCACCCAGCAACACCUGCUGGCACAUCACGUGCACCCCGAGCAGAUCUACUCUCAGCAUCAUCCUCAACUAUCCCACCUCAGUUCUUCACAAACAGGCCAAAUACAACCAAAUGGCGUCAUGCACCAGUUACUGCAGAGUCAGUAUCACUCGAACAUGAAUGCACGAUCUCCGCUCCUUGAAAACAGACACGAUUUGUAUAGUACUGGUCACAAUCACGAUUACGCCCGACAUUAUGGAGCAAAUGAUAACUAUAAUUACCCACAGUCACCACCCAGGCACGAAAGGACAGAGGUGCACACAGAUCAGAACGUUAAUCACGAGCUACUUCACAAUAUACCUAAAGGAUACAACGCAGAAGUCUAUCAAGAUUAUUUAAAACGAAACCCACCGAAAGAUACCAAUCAAAUAUACCAAAAUCAUCAACCUAUGUAUAGGCCUAAUGUUAAUCCUAAUCAGUAUGGAUCCAAGCCAUAUCUGCCAUAUUCUAAUAGAAUAGGACCUCAGAGUAACACAGAAUUAUUACGUAGACAAUAUAGUGAAAUUCAACAAAUGAAACUGCAGCAGCAGCUUCAUUAUCAAAAUCAGGCACAAAUGCACCAACAACAGAAAUUCGCUGAACGGCAGUUGUUACUGCAACAGAUUCACGGAGUACAGCCACCACCUAAUUUACAAAAUAGUAUAUACUCAGAUGGUUCAUACAGAGACUUGGAUCGAUACAGUAGUAAGAACGACUUCAAAGAAUAUAGUAGCCCUGAUAUACAAAAAGACAUCGACAGUUAUGCUAAAAACAAUGAGUACAAAGAGUAUGAAAAGCAAAAUAGGCAGUACGAAGCUCAGUGGAAUCAAAAUCAGCAAGCUGAGUACAGAGAGCAGGAACAACAAUAUAGAAGGCAGUUAGAAAUGGAGAAAGGGAAAAGCCAGUCUCCACCAUCAGAUUAUAAAAGCCAAAGUCAAAAGAAUAAUAUGAGUGUCGCAUCACCCAUGAAGUCUAGCGAAUCUAGUACUCCUAGUGUGAAGUCUCCAUCUUCGGACAGUAGACGGAGCAGUGGUGGAAACCAAGCUCUGCGAUCACCUAUAGCACACCGUGUACCAUCCGCUCCGGUCACCAUGUCUGGAAUCCUAUACAAACAAGGUUCAGAUGGAUUAAAAGUAUGGAGGAAGAGGUGGUUCGUUUUGUCGGAGUACUGCUUGUUCUACUACAAGAGUCAAGACGAAGAGAAACUUCUUGGCUCAGUACUCCUGCCGUCAUACAAGGUAUCAGGUUGCACCGCGGAAGACAAAGUGCUUCGGAAGUUUGCGUUCAAAUUGGAGCAUGCGAACAUGAGAACUUACGUCCUCGCGGCGCCUGAUCAGGAGGCCAUGAUGAAAUGGGUGAAGGCGUUGACCAUGGCCGCACUAAUGCAGAGCCCCAAUGAGCAGCCGCAAAAACAGAGCGAUCGGACAGCUGCGAAAACCGAGGAUGUCGAUGAAAUACCAACCUACGCGAACGCUCCACCGAAACCAAGGCGCUCUAAUGAAGGAUACAAUUCACCAAGCCCUGACAUGUACGAUCCAAACUAUGACUUACUCAAAAAGCCAGCAUCACAUUACAGUCAAGGCACUAGUCACGCACGAUAUCAAGACCACGCAAAUUAUCCAGCCAGUCCAAACCAAGAGCCUACAUACACUCGCAGUCCGCAAUCUCCACCGCCAGUACAACAACAACCACAAUAUCAGACAAAACGACCACCUUAUGAUACGCAACAUCUCUCUUUGCCAUUAACAAACACAGUCACCGACAAACUUGAGAACAACCAACCCAGUACCUCAUCUAUGUAUAAAUCUAAUCCACAGUCGCCUUAUUUUGAUAGGAAUAGAAGCCAGCAGCAAAUGGUACAAGAAAACAGGGAACAAAAUAUAUACGAGAGGCAAUCGCAACGUAAUCCUUUCCUGCAAGAUACGACUCCUCAGACGGAAACAUCUACAAAGGAUGAACGAAAUGAACAACAGAAUAAUUCUCGAUCGAAUAUGAAGGAAGAAAGGUCUGAAUCAGUUCACAAGGAAUCUUUACACAAUGAUAGUAGAAAUAGCGCUAAAUCUAAUCUUGAUUUAAAUGCUUACAAUAGGGAUGUGUAUGGGGAGUUGACUUCUAGGCAAGUUAGAGCGGGAAGUGCUUUAAACGAACGUUUAAUGGCUGAGAGGCGGACACCAGACGCUUACGGUAGAUCUACUACAAUGUCUGCUUAUAACAAAGGCAAAAUGGGAGACUAUGAGGAUGUAUAUUCACAAUAUGUCACCGAAAAUGACUACGGUAAAACAUACGCCAAAUCGCCAAACCCAUCUCAAGGUGAUGCAGUGAGCACUUCUUCUAAUCAACAACAACAAAAAUUACCAGGAAAUUAUCCUCAAGAGAAAACAUUCAGCGGACCUUCAGUUCUAAGGCGAAAGAAAAUGCAAUCGAGUGGAAUUCAACCUCCAAUGCCACGUCCACAUAGUGCAGAUUUUCUUGAAUAUGAGUCAAAAGCGGAAAUGUUGAACAGAACCGCUCCUUCUCGCUCAGCUUAUGAUUCAUACAAAGAACCACAACGGCCUAAGUCCAGUUUGGAUAUAAAUUCUUACUACGACCCUAGUUCUGAUAGAUACUAUUCUGAAGAAAGUUAUGCAGAAAAAAUGCGCCAAUCCGCACAGUAUUUGCAACAAGGACUCGUACCGAGUGUGGUUCCUAGAAAUAUGGAGAUACCCCUCGCUAAUUAUGCCAGUGGCUUAGCAAAGAAACAACUGAGCACUGCAUAUACACAAAUGACGAAUAAUAAUUACGAAGCUGAGUUUAGUUCGAAUCGGGAUAAUGUAAGUUUUAAUUCGAAGUACGGUGAUUUAGAAGCACUGAAUUCUAAUUGGACAUUAAAAGAAAAAGAGAUACAAAAGGAAUAUCUAAAUAGAAGUGGUAGCGUGAUGAGCGAUGGUUCCAACGUCAGUGGAUAUGUUAAAGAGGCAGCCAAAUAUGAUACUAAUGCUGAUGGAUUUAUGAGAUCUGCUAGUGCAAGGUUACCUUCGACAUCCACAGAAAAGGAAGGUGAAAAGAAAGUUCAACAGCGUGAGGAGUCAAUGAAACGUUUAUUAGAAUGGAAGCAAAGGAUGUUGCAAUCACCCCUAACGAGAAAAAGUACUCCUGCAACAAUAUCUCUCGCAAGGUCUCUCAAUCAUAGUCGCCAGUCUCUACGAUCAGACCAAUAUAAAUCUAAAACGUAUACGAACGCGUCAUACAAUAGCUAUUCUUCGGAUGAUGAAGAGGGAACAUCGGGCACUGAUCUGCAAAAACCCAGAGAUAUGCAGGCAGGAAGGUCUCAUAAAGUGAACCUAACAAGUCCUAUCAUUAUGCGACCUAUAACCCCGCACGCGCCCUCUAUUACUCAAACUGAUCCAAUAGAAAAUACUCCUAACGAGAAGAUGAAAAUUACUAAGGACACGGAAAAUACUUAUCAAAACGUUUUGUGUACCAUAUCUGUUCCAAAAGUUAAUUUGGAAGAUGAUCUUGAGAAAUCCACACUUGAGCUUGAACAGGAGAAAAUAGAAGAACAUAUGCCACCAACAAUGUCAGAGGAUGGAUAUGAAACUGAAGAUAGUGAAGCAGAGUCAGAAACACAGAUGGAAUAUACUGAUAAUGAUCUCGACGAAGUAUUGUUAGACUCUGAUGAAGAAAACCAAAAUAAUGUUCAAAUUUGUGAUGAUAAGGAAAUCGACACUAAAGAAGAAAACAAUGAUAUGGUACAAGAUCUUGUUGAGUCGAAACCAGAAACACCACCAGUAGCUGUUCCUGGAGAAAAUCAUUAUUUGCCAAUGAGUCCUAGAAAAGUAUCUGUUUCUGAACCUCCUCACAAAGCCAUAAUUGAAAGUUUGAGCGUAUUCGAUCAGUCAAUGCCUCAAACAUAUGAAGAUAAUCCCUACGUAGAAAUGAAUUUAGGAAAUGAAGAUGAUGAUGCGCAAACUUAUGAAGUGGUUUGUGUCAACAAUGGAAAAAUAGAACCUGUUUAUAUGGAACUGAGUAACGUAUCCUCUAGUGAGCCUAAAUCUCAAGAUGGAUCUACGAGUUCCAAACUUUUAGACACUGCAUCCAAUUUUGCCGAGUCAAAUAAUCACACACUAAAAAGAGCUAAUAAAACCGAUAAGAAUUCAAAGGAGAAAUCAGAAACUUCUGACGUGGACGAUGAAACAAGCAAGGAUGUUUCUUUACAUUCACCUUUCAGUAGAUUUAGUAUAUCAGACACAUUCCGACCAGCCUCAUAUUAUUUAAAUAGUAGUAAAAGUACUUUGGACGUUCAUGAUAGCUCUGACAGUGAAAUAUCUUUACCUCCACCGGUACCCACAUCUUCUCCUCCUUGUGAUGAUUUAUCGGACGAAGCGCUAUCAAAAUAUAUCUUAGAAAAAUUGGACAAAUCGGAUAUGUCAUAUGAUAAUUCAAUUUUGAAAAUGUUGACUUCUGAAAACCAAAAGAUGAAUACUGUCAAACGGAAAACUACGUCAUUAAUGAUUUAUGGAAGUCGAACGUCUAUUCAUGAUACACUUUCUAGGGGUGAGAAAAUUCGUAAUAGCCGAGCGAGUCUCACGAAUGAGAGAAACAAAAUGAGUGAAAGUGCUUGUAACUUGUUGAGCAGUACUUUGCUUGAUCAUUAUAAUCAAUCAAGCAGUAUAGAAACAGAUUCAUUGAGAAGUUAUAGCGCCGAGAGAGGAUCUUCCCGGCUAUCACUCGAAUCGGAUGUCAGUAGUAAAUUUGAGUUAGUACCAUCGAAUUUAUCAUCCGAGGUUACAAGUCUGAAUGGAAGCGAAUUAGCUAUAGAUUAUAGACAUCCCAUUGGGUAUCGAGAUUUAGAAAUGAUGAUAAAAAGAAGGCCUCUAUCUGAUGAAUCGUUGCUAGAACUAGUUAAGGCUGAAAUCCCACUAAAUAGUGAUAAUCCUACGUUCGUAGAUUUAGAUAGAUAUUUAGAUAAUUUACAAGCUGGUACGAGUGAAGGACAAAAUAUGAGUAUCCAAGGACAACUAAAUAGUUCUGCACCAGAAACUUCAAAUUACAAAGAUAAUGUAAUCCAAGCAGCUUUACAAACUGCAACACACUCUCGCUCGUCGAGCACUCCAUUGAAUCACAACAGUAGACUGAAUAGCUUUGGAAGCAGGAAUUCUAUCGGGCAACAAUUUCGUCAUUUAAGUGAACAAACGUCUAGCUAUACUGGUUCGCAAAGUUCUUGUAGUUCUUCAGAACCAUCUUUCGAAUUGGCCACGACAGCUAGAAGCGUGUCUGUUGAGUUCUUGAGUGCUGCUGAUAAAGAUCCAGAGAUUGACAUGAAAAAUAUAUACGAGUCGACUGGUGGGAGGAAUUCUAAAAUUCCCGAAUCAAUGAACUUAUCUGGACUUGGCUGUAAAAGGAAUUCAAGCAGUUAUAGUUUUCACGAAAGCUCUUCUCCAGAAUCAAAUGCUGUUAAUGCAAGUUCUUUAAUAAAACUGUCAAGCACUAGUAUGUCAUCUCACUGCAGUGGAAACUCAUCAAACACCGUUUAUUAUGAUGCUGAAGCAGAUGCAAGCGCCUAUGAAAAUGUUGUUUGCCAAGGAGAUAGACACUGGGAUGAGGAUUCUUUAUGGAGAGAUAAUUUGAGACGAGUCUCUCAUAGACAUGCCCGAUCUAUGGAUGAUUUAGACUCAAUGCCCGCAGGAACAUCGCUAUCUACCAAAAUUAGUGAAGCAUCUGGAAUGAGUAGUAUAAAAAGAGUGAAAAAGGAUACCAUCAACAAAAUUAGUAGAAACGUUACCUAUGUAAAUUGUGAUAUACAAGGUAGAGUACUGAGAAAUAAAUCGGGUUUUCUUGAUCACUUUUUGGAAGAAGAACAAAAAUUAGAUGAAAACGACGUGUACGUGAGUCUCGCUGAAAGCAUAGAAUUAUCUUCUAAACAAUCAGAUGAAGGUGUUUACGAACAACUGGCUGUUGAGUCAAAUAGUCAUAUGGGUUACACAAAUAAACUAACUUCUGAAGCUGAUAAGAAAAGGUUUGAAAUUGAUAGAGAGAAGUUGAGACAGUGGGAUCUGAUGUCAAGUGGUUUAAUGAAGGGUAGAGUAGGACGCGUGCGGGGCUCAGGUGCUAGUGCAGGCGUGGGAGACGCUGCCUGUAGUACGGACACUGGGACCGAUAGUGCAAGCAAUGAAGCUUCUAUGACAAUGUCAGGCGCGCAUACGGAAUCUGGUACAAAUAAUAACUCAAAAAGUCAGCAAGCAUUGUCAAAGAAAGCUUUUCUCGGAAGUAAUACGUCAAUUGGAAGAAGCAGUCGGGACGCCAAUAUACCGGUACGAGCAGUGAGCCCAAGAGUUAGAUGGGUAGAAGACAAACAGUCUAACGACCACUACGGCUCACAGCAAAUGUCGACGUCUCAGCAAAACCUAAACACAUUGAAUACUACGGAGGACUCUUGGGCUUCAGCCAGAUCUCCCUCUAGAGCUUCUCAGCAACCAAUCAGAGCUGUGAGCCCUCGAGUCCGCAGAAACACUGAGAAUGAUGAAAUGGAUUGUCUCAGUUCUUUAAAAGCAAUGGAACGGGAAGAAAGUCUUCAACGUCUUGAAUUCCUUAAAAAUCAGUUAAUGGAGCUAGAACAUCAGUAUGAAAAAAGCAAACCUCUUGUCCAACUCGUGGACAAUAUGGUCAAGUUAGGAUCUCUGUACAACAGGCCUGGUUCUACCAUCGAAAGGUUGGAAAGAAACCAGAGGCUGCGACAGAAAGUUCUGGCUGAACAUGCUCUGGAACAACAACGAUGGCUCGAAAGUGUGGCUGCAGGCAAAUCUUUGGAAACAGAAGCAGCUAGAGCGAGAGUAGCCGAGCUGUGGGCAUUGGAACAAGAACUUUCUGAUGAAGCCGCCAUAUUGCAAGGUCUGAGGACUGAUAAGGAUGCUAUUGAGAAUUUACUUUCUGGUGUUCGCGGUAAGCUGGAUAGUGUUCACAAAGGCGAGAUCAAUGUGGAAGUCAAUCCUCCAACGCCUCGAAGACCAACAGCUCCACCCAGUCAUGCAGCAGGAGGCCUCGAAGAGGAACUGGCGCGCGUGCAACAGAUGUUGGCGCACAAUUCUAAGAAAUUGGAGCAGACGGUUGCGGAUAACGCUCGGUUGGAACGUGAACUGCAGCAGCUGCGGCGCGCGCUGCAGGCGAGGCGAGCUGCUGGACACCAGCAUCAUGCAACCAACCCCACCGCCAUGUUAGAAGAUGAAGUUUCACGCGUCCAGCAACUGGUGACAGCAUUGCAGCGUCAGCGACAGGAGCUGAGCCGUGCAGUGAGACAUCUGACUCAACAGUCACACGCGUUACAGAAUACACACGAUUCUAUGCCUGGAAAACGUCGUCCCAUGUCUUCGUGGCAAGAAACCAACUUGGACACAGGUCACACGAUCGACCACGGUCACUCUGACUACGACUAUGACGUAGGACCGCUGAUGCCUCCUGGUCACUACGAUCAUUCCAAUGUUGAAACACCCCUCUACGUGGACACUAGAGGCCCUGGUGCUGAUGUCACUUCACCACUCAACAGUGAAGAUUUACAACAUGCUGGUUUCAGUAACCUAACGAAUGUAGAGAAGCAGGAGAUAAAAACGGUCCGCAUAGUCAAGCGAGAGAGUGAACGACGUCAACGAGACAGGGAACGUUCCCUUCAGCCCAUGUCUGAUUGGCCCACGAACAACAUCACUGCUAAUCUAGACCAAUUCCUGGAGGAAGAACUCGUACAAUCACUCAAUUACUCUCGAUCGACUUCACUCCCUCGAAACGAACAAUACGAGCAAGUAUACGGCAUGAGACGUGAUAAUAACUACUUGCAGCCGAAUAUGGAUCUCAGUCCCAAAUACGUGUCAAGUCCAUCUCUUUCCAACUAUGAUUACUCGCAAAAUAUGUCUUCUUUGAGCAGCAGUUACAACAAGAGCUAUGACAGAUCUGGAUAUGAUCGCACCAUCUCUUUGUCAACACAGUACUUAAAUAGUCCCACUGAUAGCUCAAGGACGUUGACAAAUGAUCCUUUGUCAAAGACCAGCAGUGUGGUUAGUUUGACAAGGUCUCAUAUGGAGCUCUCUCCAAUAUUCAAGAGUGAGGCCGCUAAACAAAUCAUAACAGAAAUGUCUGGCGAUGCUCCUAAGAAUGGAUCCUUACAUAGGAGACAGGUGCCGAAGGAAAAGAGGAGGCACUAUACUGCACCUCAUCAUCUUAGUGCUAAAACGCUAAACGAAAUGCCCAAAGAUGCGUAUAAUCAAGACAAGAUGGGACGAUCAGUGGAUGACGCGGAUAUGGAGCGAGCCUUGCGUGGCGCGGCUCCAGACGUGGUGAGAUCUGCACUACCACCACAAGCGCUCAGAUUGGCUGAUAACACCAUUGACCAGCUUCUCGCUGCACCACAGAAAAUCCUCAUUCCGGAGAGAUAUAUUCCGGAGAAGCCACCAGAACUAUCACCAGAAGAGCAACAAAAAAGGCAGGAGAAAGUGGAGUCGAUAAAGAAAAUGUUGACAGGAACAUCGGCUGACCCCAACAAGAGUCCGGAUGCUGACGAGAAGCGGCAACGGGAGCACUUGCUACAAAUGAACCAGAUACUCGCCAAGCAGGUCACUGAGAUGAGCAAAAUCAUCGCCGUGAAAGCGUUAGAAGAACUGCCUCAAAAUGGUAAUGCUGAUGACUUGGACGAUCGUUCACCUGAUGUAGAACUGCCCAUCUAUCAACAAAGAGACAAUUUCUUCACCUAGUACUAGGUACUUGGGAGGAUUUACACAAUUAUUGGACUAGGACAAAAUAACAAACAUACACAACCUGCGUUUUUAGUAACGUCUUAUGAUGUACCUAUUCAAAUUAUCACCCACAUAAUUGACUAGACUGGUAUUUGGCUGUCUUUGGCUUAGAAAAUCUUUGGCAAUUAGUAGGAUCUAAAAUGUAUUUACCUACAUGUAUUGAUUAACCUAGUUUGAAUGUAACCAAGCUCGGCUUUAAAUAAAUGAUAAGCAGUCAAUGUAGAAUGUUCAAUUAAUAGUUCAUAAUGUAAUCGUUUUUUCGUAUGUCUAUA